AAAAUGGCUAAAAUCAAGAAGAGAGGUGCCUCCGGUAAUGCUAAGAACUUCAUCACCAGAACCCAAGCUGUGAAGAAAUUGCAGGUCUCGUUGGCGGACUUCCGUCGUCUCUGUAUCUUCAAGGGUAUCUAUCCCAGAGAACCAAGAAACAAAAAGAAGGCCAACAAAGGAUCCACUGCCCCAGUUACCUUCUACUACUCCAAAGAUAUCCAGUACCUUCUCCAUGAGCCGGUGUUGGCCAAAUUCCGUGACCACAAGGUGUUCGCUAGAAAAUUGCAAAGAGCUUUAGGUAGAGGUGAGGUCAGCGAUGCCCAAAAGUUAGACACCAACCGUCCCAAGUACACCUUGGAGCACAUCAUCAAAGAGCGUUAUCCAACGUUUCAAGAUGCAUUGCGUGAUCUCGACGACCCCCUCAACAUGUUGUUCCUUUUCGCCAACAUGCCUGCUACUGACAGAGUCAGCCAUAGAGUCACUAAGGACGCUGAAAGAUUGUGUAACCAAUGGUUGGCAUACGUCACCAAGCAAAGAUUAUUGAAGAAGGUGUUUGUGUCCAUCAAGGGUGUUUACUACCAGGCCAACGUCAAGGGUGAAGAGAUUAGAUGGUUGGUUCCAUUCAAGUUCCCAACCAAUAUUCCUACCGACGUUGAUUUCAGAAUCAUGUUGACAUUCUUGGAGUUCUACUCCACCUUAUUGCACUUCACGUUGUUCAGAUUGUACAACGACGCUGGUUUGAUCUACCCACCUACCAUUGACAUCGAAAAGUUGAAGGGAAUUGGUGGUUUGUCGUCUUACGUAUUACAAUCCAAAGACCAAGGUGUCAACGCAUUGUUGCCAGGUAAGAAGGCCGUGCAACAAGACGUGGGUGAGGGUAAGUCGUUGUCCAAGGAAGAAAUCUCCAAGGCUUUGGAAGCCGAUGAGGAGGAAGAAGAUGAAGAAGACAAGGAAGAAAACGUCGAGGAAAUCCAGCUUGACGAGUUCACUGCCUCCAACAAGACCACCGGUGAUUUGUUGGAACAACCCUCCAAAUACGCUUCCCCAACAUCCACCUUGUUCUCCAAGUUCGUGUUCUACGUUGGUCGUGAAGUUCCUUUGGACAUCUUGGAGUUGUGUAUAUUAUCUUGUGGCGGUUCCAUUGUGUCCGAAAUUGCAUUGGAUGACUUGAAGAUCAACCAACCUGAAGCUUUCAAGGCGUUGGAUUUAAGUAACAUCACUCACCAGAUUGUCGACAGACCAAAGUUGAGCCAAAAGGUUGGUGGUAGAACCUACAUUCAACCCCAAUGGGUGUUUGACUGUAUCAACAAGAGUGAAUUGUUGCCUGUUGGUCAAUAUAGUCCUGGCGAAGUCUUGCCUCCACAUUUGAGUCCAUGGGGUGAUGCUGGUGGAUACGACCCUACCAAGGCCCCAGAAGCCCUUGAGGACGAAGAAGAAGAGGAUGAAGAAGUUGACGGUGAGGAGGAUGAGGAAGACGAAGAAGAGGAGGAUGAAGAGGAGGAGGACGAAGACUUGAAGGCUCAGAAGGAAUUGGAACAAGAAGCUGCAGGUGUCAAGUUCUCCGACGUCAAGCAAGACGACAAGAAGAAGGCCAAGGGUAAGAAGAGAACUGCCGAGGAAGAAGAGAAGGAGUUGAAGAAGAUCAUGAUGACCAACAAGCAACGUAAGUUGUACAAGAAGAUGCAAUACGGUAUCGACAAGAAGGAGGCCAGACAAGAAGAUUUGACUAAGAAGAGAAGAAAGCUCGAAAAGGCCAAGGGAGAGUUGGAAAAGUUGAACAAGAAGUGAGUGUCUGACUCACCAUGUAACAUAGUUGAAGAACUAUUUGUCAGAAUUGGCAUUGAUAUAGAUGUUAAUAAAAACGCAAGCGAACUGCUGUA